CUUACUGUCUGACUGGCCAGGGGUGCCAGCUUAACGCUCUCUGUUUGUCUGACGGAACUUUUGGACACACACACACACACACACACUCAAGGAGGAAGAGAGACAGAGGGGAGUGUGUUUGGAUUUAGUUUUGGGGUGUUCCUGUUUGUUUGUUCUGACACCAUGGAUUCCAGUUUUCUGAAAGGAUUGAUUGUUGUUUUACUGAUACAUCAAUGCAAGGCUCAAGACCUGCCCACCUCCAUCUUGCCCUCUGUGGAAUUGACCCCCCAAGAAGCCUCAGAGCUUACCCAGGAACCAGAGCUCCUGGCUGGGGAGGAGGAGCAGGAAGAGGUGCUCCCCGAGGUGGCUCCCCCCAGCCUGAAGGAGGUGGAGGACGCCGUGCAGGAGGCCUCGGAGCUGGCCUCGGAGCCGGGGGUCGAGGAGGUGCUGAAGGAGCUGUUAGAGAGGGUGGUGGAGGCCGCCAUGAGGGAGGUGCAGAGGGAGGCUCAAGGGGAGGUGAAGGAGGAGGUGGCUGAAGUAGAGGAUGGAGUGGAGGAGGAGUUAGGAGGAGGAGGAAAGCAGGAGGUAGAGGAGGAGGGAGAGGUGGAGGAGCAAGGAGAACAGGAGGAGGCUGUGACUGAAGUGGUGGAAGAGGAGGUGGAGGUUGGAGGAGAAGGGGAGGCCAUUGAAGCUGGGUCUGUAGAGGAGAGUAUAGCAGAGGAGGUGGAAGAUCAACUAGUGGAAGCCCCUGUUGCUCCCCUCACUAAGGGAGAGGUUGUGGAGGAAACUGCCCUCCCAGAAGAGGAGGAGGAGGGAGGAGGAAAGGUAGUCGUAGAGGAGAUGGAGGGAGAGGAUGAGGAGGGAGGAGGAAAGGUAGUCGUAGAGGAGACGGAGGGAGAGGAGGAGGAGGGAGGAGGAAAGGUAGUCGUAGAGGAGACGGAGGGAGAGGAGGGAGGAGGAAAGGUAGUCGUAGAGGAGACGGAGGGAGAGGAGGAGGAGGGAGGAGGAAAGGUAGUCGUAGAGGAGACGGAGGGAGAGGAGGGGGAGGAGGUGGUGCAGACAGAGCAGGAGACUGAGGAGGAGGCUGGAGCUGAGGUAGUGAUUGGGGAGGCAGGGGGUGAGGAGGAAGGGGAUGGAGAGAGUGUGGGAGAGGAGGAGGGAGAUGAGGGGGUGGUGGUAGGUGCUGCAGACCAGCUGGGAGGUGAAGCAGGAGGAAGAGAAGGAGGAGAGGAGACACCAGAAACGGAGGACCAAGAAGUGCUGCUGGACCCAGGUGAGAGCUCCCUGAGAUCCAUACCAGGAGAGUCUCAGGACCCCGCUAGCCCACUCGGCCCCCACCGUCCUUGGGGAGAGACGGAGAGCAACACCAUGGGAGGGGAGGAGAUCCUGGAGGAUGUGGAUCUGGAGUCGAACGACGCCAACAAGAUCAUCACGUUUCAGGACAACGUUUUAAACCUUGACCCUGAUGAGGCCACGUCCACUCUGGAUAACUUUGUGGAGGACAUUCUUACCACAGCCGAGGAGGAGGAGCAAGGAGAGACCAAUGAGGUGGUGGAGGCCACUACAGAUACUGACAACACAGAAUCAGGUCUGGAAGCCUGGAAGAUCGGAGUGAUCUCUACUGCUGCGUUUCUGGUCCUGGAGACCAUCGUCAUCAUUGUCUACGUCCUCAAGUGUCGUGACAAAACUAACAGGGUGUGUGAGGAGGGCUGUGGGGAGGUGGAGGUGGAGGUGGAGGCAGGUACAGCACCGCGUAAUGAAGAGACUCCACCAGUCGGAGACGGAGACCGCCAACAAAUUGCUGCUCUGGCCCCGUGGUACCUGGACCCCUCUCUAACCCAACAGCAGGAGGAGGGGGAGGAGGGGGUAGCGAUGACGGAUAUACAGCUCAACUCCAUAGAGGACUCCACCAACAGACCAGUAGAUCCGUCACAUGAUGUCCAGACAUCAGUUCUGUAGAGCUACACUAUCAGCUGACACUCUCCCUCCCCCUGUUCCUGUGUCCCUCUCUCCCUCCCCCUGUUCCUGAGUCCCUCUCUC